AGAUCCGCUUUGAGUUCCGCACCCAGAACGGCUACUACAUUGGCAACACUUUCCUGCCCAGUUUCAUGCAGGUGAUCAUCUCGCUGGUAACACUGCACUUCGACCUGGCGGACUUCCAGGACCGCAUCAUGGUAUCCCUGACGUCCCUCCUCGUACUGGCGACCUACUUCACGCAGACCAGCCAGACCAUUCCCAAGACCUCCUACCUCAAGCUGAUCGACGUGUGGUUCGUGGCUCUCAUCGCGCUGGACUUCGGCGUCAUCCUGUCCCUGGUCUACGUGGAGACGCUGCGGCUCAAGGAGAGGGAGAGGGAGGGCGUCGUCAAGGCCUUCAGAGUCUCCCCCGCUGGUGAAGUCGCCAGGAUGGGUGGGAGGCGCUUCACGGCUUCAUAUUCUUGCUCCUCGCUGCGGCCCCUGGUCUCGUCCCGCCUUCCGUCCUGCCCUGCCGAGACGAAUGUUUUCUUCAUCAAGUUUUUUUCCAUGACUAUAGAGCUCAUGCUGGUCUGCUUCGUGUCCACUUAUAUCUACGGGAUGUACAUGGAUGACUAAGCGAAGAGAAUGUGACACGACUUUGUACACCGACUCAUCCCUAUGCUGUCCAACUUCCUAAUGCAAAAGUUAUCUAGUGUC